UUGUACAGUGUGUGUAUAUAUAUAUAUUAAAAAUACUUCCAACUCCUCAAAUUUCCAUAAAUUCUUUCUCUUUCUUCAGAGCACUAUAUAAAUAUAUAAACAAAUUACAAAACAUACACUUUUCAUUCCCAUCUGCUCCUUAACUACUUUUACAGAUUAUAUAGAAAGGAGGAAUUUUUAUUGUUAUAUUGAGGCAAAUGAGAACUGGGUUGAGUACGAUCCAACAGACGUUGACGCCGGAGGCGGCGAGUGUGUUGAACCAUUCUAUAGCGGAAGCUGGUCGCCGGAACCACGGCCAAACGACCCCGCUUCAUGUGGCGGCGACCCUUUUGGCAGCUCCAUCUGGGUUCUUAAGACAAGCGUGUAUAAAGUCUCAUCCCAAUUCGUCUCAUCCCCUUCAGUGCCGGGCUUUGGAGCUCUGUUUUAGCGUGGCCUUGGAUCGUCUCCCCACCGCGCAGAACAUCAGCCCUGGCCUCGACCCUCCAAUUUCCAAUGCUUUAAUGGCCGCUCUCAAACGGGCACAAGCCCAUCAACGCCGUGGAUGUCCCGAGCAACAACAGCAGCCGCUUUUAGCAGUGAAAGUUGAGCUUGAACAGCUUAUAAUUUCCAUUCUCGAUGACCCCAGUGUGAGUAGAGUGAUGCGUGAAGCUAGCUUUUCAAGUCCGGCGGUUAAGGCCACUAUUGAACAAUCCUUAAAUUCAACCCCUUGUUCGGUUUCGGUUUCGAAUUCAAGCUCAAUUGGGUUGGGAUUUAGGCCUAAUCUUAAUAGAAAUUUAUAUGUCAAUCCGCGGUUGCAGCAAGGUGCCGGAGGAGGAGUACAAUCCGGGCAGCAAAGAGGGGAAGAAGUGAAGAGAGUAAUGGAUAUAUUGAUGAGAAGUAAGAAAAAGAAUCCAGUUUUGGUGGGGGAAUCGGAGCCGGAGAUGAUUGUAAAAGAAUUGUUGAUAAAGAUUGAGAGUAACGAAUUAGAUGGGGUGUUGAAGAAUGUUGAGGUGAUUCGUUUGGGGAAAGAUUUCAGUUUCGAGAAGGGCGAUAUUGUGGCGAAGUUGAGAGAAUUGAGUGGGUUAAUUGAGAGCAAGAUGAUUGGAAAUGGAGGGGUGAUUGUGGAUAUGGGUGACUUGAAAUGGCUGGUGGAGCAACAGCUGGGUUUUGGGGUGUCGAAUUUGGGUGCAGUGCAGCACCAGCAAGCGGUGGCAGAGGCGGUGGCGGAGAUGGGGAAGAUGAUGCUAAGAUUCAGCGGUGGUGGCGGCGGAGGGAGGUUGUGGUUGAUUGGAACAGCUACUUGUGAAACAUAUUUAAGGUGUCAAGUUUAUCAUCCUUCAAUGGAAAAUGAUUGGGAUCUGCAAGCUGUUCCUAUUGCUGCCAAAGCAGCUCCAGGGAUGUUCCCCAGGAUUGGGAACAAUGGGAAUGGAAUUCUAAGUAGCUCUGUCGGGUCUUUGUCGCCGUUCAAGGGCUUUCCAGCUGCUACAACAAGGCGGGUCUCGGAGAACAUGGAUCCUGUUCGGAGAAUGAGCUGUUGCCCACAAUGUAUGCAGAAUUAUGAGCAGGAACUGGCAAAAUUAGCCGAAAAAUCCUCUUCGGAAGUUAAAUCAGAAGCAGCAAGGCCAUCGCUGCCACAGUGGUUGCACAACGCAAAAGCUCAUGAUGAUGCUAAAACUGUCGAUCAAACACUGGCUAAAGAUCAAGAUUUGAUCUGGAAGCAAAAAAGCCAAGAACUGCAGAAGAAAUGGAAUGAAACAUGCUUGCAUCUUCAUCCUAACUUCCAUCAACCCGGUUUUGGUAUGGAGAGAAUCGCACCAGCCCCGCCCCCAAUGACAGGCUUAUACAAUCCAAGCCUACUCACACGCCAACCUUUCCAACCAAAGUUACAACUGAAUAGGAAUCUCGGAGAUGCACUACAAUUGAACACAAAUCUGGUCUCUGGCCAUCAAUCUGAUCGUUUAGUUUCUCCUCCAGGUAGCCCUGUGAGGACGGAUCUUGUUCUUGGUCGAUCAAGGGAAAGCACGCCAGAGAAAAUCCAUAAAGAACGUGUCAAAGACUUCUUAGGCUGCAUAUCUUCGGAACCACAGAGUAAGUGCCAUGAAUUGCAGAGUGACAACCUUCCGGACGCAGCAGAUGCUGUCUCGUUCAAAAUGCUUGCCAAAGGUCUGGCGGAGAAAGUAUGGUGGCAAAAAGAAGCAGCUACCGCUGUUGCUACAACUGUCACUCAGUGUAAAUUGGGAAAUGGAAAGAGCAGAGGUGCUGGAUCAAGGGGAGACAUGUGGCUGUUGUUUACUGGUCCUGACAGAGUUGGCAAGAAGAAGAUGGCAUCAGCUCUAUCAGAGCUGGUAUGCAGUGCCAGUCCGAUAAUGAUCUCUCUUGGUUCAAGACGGGAUGAUGGAGACUCUGAUGUUAGAGUUCGAGGUAAAACAACUUUAGAUAGAAUUGGAGAGGCAGUGAAGAGACACCCAUUUUCUGUGAUCUUGCUGGAAGACAUUGAUGAAGCAGAAAUGCUUCUUCGAGGAAGCAUAAAACGCGCAAUGGAGAGGGGCCGACUUAUUGAUUCCCAUGGCCGUGAGAUCAAUCUAGGGAAAGUUAUUUUCAUUCUCACUGCAAAUUGGUUGCCGGAUUCUCUGAAAUUCUUGUCCCAUGGCAUUACCCUCGACGAAAAGAAGCUAGCCAGUUUAGCAAGCGGAGGUUGGCAAUUAAGGCUAUCCCUCUGGGAUAAAACAGUAAAACGCCGACCCAGUUGGCUUCACAAUGAAGAAAGAUCAACAAAAACAAGAAAGGAAACUGGUCUUGGUCUAUCAUUUGAUCUGAAUCAGGCUGCUGAUGUUGGAGAUGAUAAAGCAGACGGAUCACACAAUUCAAGCGACCUCACAAUUGAUCACGAAGAAGAACAUGGCCUUAAUAACAGACUAUUAUUAUCACCCUCAACCUCGCCAGCAUCUCAUGACCUCCUUGACACAGUAGACAGUGCCAUUGUCUUCAAACCCGUGGAUUUCAGCCCCAUCAGACGCAACAUUACAAACUCAAUCACAAAGAAGUUCUCUGCCAUCAUUGGCAGCGGUGUUUCACUCGAAAUCCUUGACGAAGCUCUCGAAAAAAUUGUUGGCGGUAUAUGGUUUGGCAGAACAGGUUUAGAAGAAUGGUUAGACAAAGUCUUGAUCCCUAGCUUGCACCAACUGAAAUCAAGGUUGCCCACCAAUGCUGGAAUGAUAGAUGAAUCUAUGGUCGUUCGGCUUGAAACUGACAACAACUCUGGCAUCCGAAGCCUCGGAGAUUUGCUGCCGAGUGGUAUCAAAGUGGUGGCAGAAGGAUUGUGAUGGUGAUGAAAGGGAUGUUUUGGGUUAGGCAUGUAAAUAUGGGCAACUGUAUUUGGCGGGAAGUGUAAAACAGUUGGGGGUAAAGAGUAAAAAACAGUUAGGAGAGGGAGACAUUGAUAGAGUACCUUUAGGAUCCAGUUAGACCAUGUCUCACCUUUUUUUUAUUGUUAUUAUUAUCAUUAUCAUUAUUUUAUUUCUUUAUAUAAAGAAAUUAUAGUAUUUUAUGUA